CGUGCGCACGCGCGACCACAGAAGGGCCGGGCCUCGCGCCCCCUCUCCUCCUCCGCCUCCUCCUCGUCCUCCUCGUCCUCCUCCUCCUCCUCCUCCCAGUCCCCGUCCGGGCCCGGCGGGGGACGGAGGCCGUGCGCCUGCGCGGAGCCCGCAGUCCGGCAGGGCCGCAGCCGCGGGGUGGCCGGCCGUUGCCGUGGGGACCGCGGGCCCCUCCCUCCUCCGCUCCCCUGCCGCUCGCCGUUCCCACCGAGGCGCGGAGGACGACCCCGGCCCCCCACGCCCGCCGGCCCGGCCGGAGCUGCAGCCGGUGACCCGGCGAGAGGCGGUGCCGCUCCCAAGAUGUCGCAGACGGCCAUGUCCGAAACCUACGAUUUUUUGUUUAAGUUCUUGGUUAUUGGAAAUGCAGGAACUGGCAAGUCUUGCUUGCUUCAUCAGUUUAUAGAAAAAAAAUUCAAAGAUGACUCAAAUCAUACAAUAGGAGUGGAGUUUGGUUCAAAGAUAAUAAAUGUUGGUGGUAAAUAUGUAAAGUUACAGAUAUGGGAUACAGCAGGCCAAGAACGAUUCAGGUCUGUGACGAGAAGUUAUUACAGAGGUGCCGCGGGAGCACUCCUCGUCUACGACAUCACCAGCCGAGAAACCUACAAUGCGCUUACUAAUUGGUUAACAGAUGCCAGAAUGCUAGCGAGUCAGAACAUUGUGAUCAUCCUCUGUGGGAACAAGAAGGACCUGGAUGCAGAUCGUGAAGUUACUUUCUUAGAAGCCUCCAGAUUUGCUCAAGAAAAUGAGCUGAUGUUCUUGGAAACAAGUGCACUAACGGGGGAGAACGUGGAAGAGGCCUUUGUACAAUGUGCAAGAAAAAUACUUAACAAAAUUGAAUCAGGUGAGCUGGACCCAGAAAGAAUGGGCUCUGGUAUUCAGUACGGAGAUGCUGCCUUGAGACAGCUGAGGUCACCACGUCGCGCACAGGCCCCAAGUGCUCAGGAGUGUGGUUGUUAAAAGCAGCACGGGAGUGCACAGGUGUUCAGGUGUUAUUUGGGGCACAGUUGUCGGAGCUUGAGGAAGAAGUUUUUUACCACCGUCUUUUUCUACUUUAUACAGAAGUAGAUAUUCCUGCGAAGAAGAAUAAUUUGGGGUAAUAUGCAAGCUAGUAGAUGUGGCACAGCAAAUCAUAUAAUAAAUCUCAUUAAAUGGACAGUACCGUUAGAGGUAUACAUGUAUGUAAAAAUUUUCUGGUCCAUAUUUUCCCUUUCAUCUUUGGUUUAAAUCCUCACUGUGUGCUGUAUAUAGACUCUUACUCAAUACGUCUCCACGGCAUGGUAUCUGAUGUAGGAUCUGAUAGAACGUUGCUCCCAGUGCAGUCUAAAAUUUUAUUUUCCUUAAUCGUCUGAACUAAAACCUGUCGAUGGCGAGUGUACUUUGAUCAUCCUGUCAGCUACAUUGCACAGUUGGUUAUAUUGAUGGCCCGGUAUUCGAAGACUCUGGCAUUGACGGCCAGUGAGAUGCUUAUUUACUUCCCAUUUGCCACGGUCCACAAAGUGUUUACGUAACCCACACUUGAAAUACUAGACCAGUAGUUACUCAGACACGGAAAUAAAAUGGAAAAUGGAGUUUUUCCAUGAACUUGACGCUUUCCAGCGCUCUGUUGAUUUUACAGCACCUUCGUCCAGAUCGAUUCAGGAAGUGUAGCCAGAGUACCUGCUGUGUUUUAGGCACUGUGAUCAGCACUAAGGAUUCUGUUACCUUUACCCAAACUUACCAGGAAAUCGAUUCUACUUUCGGCUGUUGGUAAAUGCGACGGACGGUAUAACUGGGGCCGCUCACCUGUUCCCCGUUUGCUGCUCUGUCUGGUCUCCCUGCUGGAAAACACUGUUCGUUACUGUGCUUUUCCUAGGAUUCGGUGUAUGACGUCACUGCCUCUUUUUUAAGUCUUUUAUUGUUUCGUGUUCAUUUUAAGGAAACCCACUAAAUCAAGUUAAUAUUAAAGGAAUACCACUCAUCAAGAAAUUUCUGUAUAGCUUUUGCUGAAUACUUAAAUGCCUUACUACGGUUAUCGAGUUGACAUGUUUUUAAUUCACAUAAGGUAUAUCGAAGUGUAAUAUAUAUUGUAUUACAAAGACUUGUUCUAAUAUUUUAAAAUGUCGAUGCAAAAAACGUAUAAUAGAACUUUUCUUUAAAGUUGAAAUACAGUAUUACUUAAGGCCAAAAGGUUAAAAAGCAUUCUUCACCUUAUAUAUGUUCUUUCACUGUGACUUUUCGCUGCAGACUGAUUGGUGAAUUUCACUGCCUUUCAGUUAGAAGCUGCCUACUGCUUUGGUUGUUUGAUUUAAUCAACAGAGCACAGUGGCACUAGAAACUCUGGGAGGUGACUUGGGUAAAAAGAUCAGUAUGUAUCUGUGUUAGGCGUCUUAAUUUUGCUUUUUUUUUUUUUUUUUUGAUGCCUGGAAUAUUUUUGUUUUGAAAAGUCCGAAAAUGAAGUAAGUUUUCAGACUGAACCACUACAUGGACCUCGCUGGAAGAAUGUUCGAUUCGGCGUCUCAUUUAUGAUAGUUCUGCAGGGUGCUCACUUUUGAACAGCUCUUUGCAUGGGAUAGGAGCAUGUCUGUUCUGCCACAUCGCUUGAUUCAAAAGCAAGAAUUUUUAAAAUAAGAUGUUAACUUGGUUUACAAAUGAGCCUAUUAAUUAAACCACAGGUACUGCAUAGAAUUCCACAUCGUUUGACCAAUAAAAGUUGCUGGAGAACCAAA